CCCAACUACACACAACGCGCAACCACACACACGCAACCACCCACAACCCUCAAACACGCACACACGCCGCACACACCAGAACCAAAAGCAGUGGACCCAAUCUCGUGCCAACCCCAUACUCCCAUUCCAGACGAAAACGAGGAACAAGCACGGCAGAUAAGCAAGGCACAGGUAGCCAGCCAUCCAUUCAUCUUCACCUCCAAUCCACAGGUCUCUGUCACCACCAACACCAGCACCACAAACACCACAGGCGGCAGCACAGGCGGCACCACCAAUACAAACCACCAGCACCACCCCCACAAACACCGACGAUGGCCACGCUGUCGCUUGGAGCGCCUUCAUCGAGGGGAACGGCAGCCAAUACGAGGCUGUCGCCCACGCCGCAGGGCAAGGACUCGGACAUGCUGAAGCAGAUGAUUCAACGCGCCACAUCGCCACAACCAUCACCACCACCACAACCACAGCCACCGGCACAGUUGCGAUCGCCGCCACAGGAGAUGAUGGGGCCGCGGCUGAGUCGGGCCACGAACCAACGGCAGCGCGUGCAGGCAUCGCCACAGCCACCACACUCAUCACCACCGCCGCCGCCAGCCGGCAGCAGGAAGGCCUACGCCGCCACACCGGGCAAGGGCACCACGAGGAGACAGGCAGCGAGCGCCGGCUCGGCAUCCCGCAAGUCCCCUGUCGGGUUUGGCUCUCAAAGCACCCGCUUCAGCACAGCGGGCACAUACCCGCGCGCGCUUCGCCCUGGAACUUGCAUUGCCGCCACAUACACCUACAAGGACGAGGACCGUCGACGUGGGCCCGGCAUGCACGAGAUCCCGCUUGACGAGACGUUGCGAUCAGCAACCAAGAUGACGCGCAAGAACACCGAGCCCGAGUGGUCGCGGCAGGCGAGCCAUCCGCACCGCAUGCGCUUGGGCGUCUCCACCGUCCACCAGCGGCUCAAGAAGAAGCGCGAGAAGGAGGCGAGGCAGCUUGGCCCCGGCACAUAUGUUGCGCGGUCGUUCACGGAAGAUUCAUACGGCCACAUACCCAUGUCGCUGUCCAGGCCCGGCGCGCGUCUAGCGCCGCCCGACGAGCAGCGCCUGCGUCUCCCUGACGCAACCACAUAUGCGGACGCGCACGACAAGUUCGAUGCAUAUGUGCGCAGCAGAAAGUCGCCGAGUCGCGUGGGCGUGAUGGAGGGCGCGGCGCAGCGGGCGGCCCUGCAACGCGCGGGUGGGACGGACAUACCGCCAAACAUGUAUGCGGAUGCGUUUGCAGCGCCGCUGAUGAAGGCCGCGGUGACGGAGCGCGGGCCAUACGACACAUCCAGCGGAAAGCGAUUCGCUGUCAGGAAGAAGUCGUAUGACCUGGUGCCGGGCCAAUACGGCGUGGUUGAUCUCGCCCCGCUCUCAUCCAGCCCGCGCCCGCGCACAGCAGAGUUCUCAAAGAUGCAGCGCUUUGGUGCCAAGACGGGCAUGCGUCUGGAAGGACAGCUGGCCGGACUCGGGGAGGACUCGCUAGGCCCCGGCCACUACACGUCUGACCUUGCCCAGACGUACCCGCCCCCACACGGACCGCAGCGCCGCCGCAAACACGGACCGGCGUUUGGCUCGACCACCAACAGAAAAACGUUCUUUGACGACGUGAUUCGACGCAGCGCUCGGACCCCGACGGACCCAGCGGAGUACAAUCCGCCCGUGCCCGGGUCGCAGCACGCGGCGGGCCGGUACCGCCAGACAUACGGCAGCUGCCUCAAGUCAACCGUCGGGAGGUUUGACUUCAAGGGCCACUCCUACGAGUUUGCACGCGAGCGGCUGGCGGCGUCGCGUCGCUAACAUAACUCCACCUCGCGUUGAGCAUUCUCAUCACGGGAGCAUCACCAGCAGCGUCCAUCUUGCAUGUGUUUCUGCGUCCCUUUUCGUGCUUGGUGGGAAUGUAAUGUAACAAUUGGUUUUGUCGGGGUGCGUCGGGUUGUGUGGUUGUUUCGUGUCUCAUGAACUGAUGUCAUAGAUAAUGCAGUUUGCUUUGAGUUGUGUGUGUGUGUGUGUGUGUAUUGGCAGAUGUUGUGAGUGCUCGCGUACGUGCGUGUGCGGGUGUGUGUGUUGGCAGAUAUUGUGAGUGCUCGCGUGCGUGGGCGUCACGUCGAUGAAUACAACACAGAACACCAA